UCAUCGCAUCUGGUUGAUAGGCGGGACCAAGAGGCGGGUUCCAGCACCCCUCCCCACCCCUGGACCCGCAGGGGCUUUAUUCUAGAGUCACUGGCGCGUGGCUGCGCUUUUCUUUCUUGUUUGAAGGUGAAACCCCAGUGGCUUCAUUGGCUCCUUGAUUUAAACCACGCCCGGCUUUCUGCCCGCUUCGCUCCGCGGGGCCGGCGGCCCAGCCACCUCCCCGCCCGUGCGCAGGGAGCCGGCCGCUAUUGUGUGGAUGCCGCGCGUGUCCUCUCUUCUCUCCUAGAGAUGGCUAACAGGGGCCCGAGCUACGGCUUAAGCCGAGAGGUGCAGGAGAAGAUCGAGCAGAAGUACGACGCGGACCUGGAGAACAAGCUGGUGGACUGGAUUAUCCUGCAGUGCGCUGAGGACAUAGAGCACCCGCCCCCCGGCAGGACCCAUUUCCAGCAGUGGUUAAUGGACGGGACGGUCCUAUGCAAGCUGAUAAACAGUUUAUACCCACCUGGACAAGAGCCCAUUGCCAAGAUCUCAGAGUCCAAGAUGGCUUUUAAGCAGAUGGAGCAGAUCUCCCAGUUCCUAAAAGCUGCAGAGAUCUAUGGCGUCAGGACCACUGACAUUUUUCAAACAGUGGAUUUAUGGGAAGGGAAGGACAUGGCGGCUGUGCAGAGGACCCUAAUGGCUCUAGGCAGCGUGGCAGUCACCAAGGAUGAUGGCUGCUACCGGGGAGAGCCCUCCUGGUUUCACAGGAAAGCCCAGCAGAAUCGGAGAGGAUUUUCCGAGGAGCAGCUUCGCCAGGGACAGAACGUGAUCGGCCUACAGAUGGGCAGCAACAAGGGCGCCUCCCAGGCAGGCAUGACGGGGUACGGGACGCCCAGGCAGAUCAUGUAGGACACCGCAUCCCGUCCUUGGUAGAGAGGACAAACGUUCCACACCGCGAUCUCUAUGGCAAAGAAAUAGUUAGUCACCUCCUGACCUUUCUCAAAGCCUCCUGCCCCUGGUUUUUGCAAGUGCUGCAUUUCUGCUGAGAAUCCGCGUUGCCUACUGCUGCCACCUUCUGUUCGUUUAGAACUAUGCAAAGACUCCGCUGCCCCUCCCCCACCCCCUCUGGGCCCUCAAGCCUCCGUUUGUCUGAUUUUAUUUAUUUAUUUAUUUGCCCAAAAUGUCUCUCCUCAACUUAUAGAACACACCAAAUAAACAAAUUAGUCUUGUGUC